AUGGUGCCAUAUGAUGUACCUGUUGAAACUAUGGAUAUGAUUUAUAGAUUUAUUGGAAUCCAUGAUGAUAUAAUAGCUAAUUUUACUUCAAGUAUUGGUAUAAAGGAGCAACCAAAUGUGCAAGGUGAUUACGAUAAUGGAGAAGAUAGUGAUAAUAAAAAUAAUGAACACAAUCAAGAUUCAGACGAACAGCGUCAAUCAAAAAGUUUGGCAAAUCAAAAGAUGGUGUUGGAUCUUGAAAACAAUGAGUUGGAUAAUUUAGCUAAAGAAGCUACAUUGUUCCAAACAGAUGAUAUUGAUCAUUUUGGAGAUAGUGAAAAUGAAGAAGAUGAAAAUACCGCUAUAACGCAAUAA